CAAGUUUGUCUAUUGUGCAACAUUUAUUUGCAGUUUCAAAUAUUUGAUUGGGCAUUUUAGGGUUUUUCUGGAGCAGAGCUUUCCCAAAAGAUGGCGUACAUGAAAAUUUUGGCCUUUGAACAGAGCAGCACACUUGGAAAAUGAAUUUAUUCUUCUGUAAACAGCAGACACGAAAUAAUUUGGUAGGAAAUGUCAGCUGGUAGAUCUAAGUGAGGAGAACAUCCAAAAGCUAGGAAGUUGAGGGUAACUGGAUAUUGGUGGAGAAACAAGGCUGCACAAAUAAUUUCAAAUUUUCAAUUAUCUUCCAAAAAAGAGGAUAUGGGGAACAGAGUCUGGGUGAGGAGGGUGAGCCUGAAGAACAUAGUGUUGGUGAUUACAAAGGUAAGGAGGUUGUGGUUUCAUUUCUCUUGCUACUGGUCAGAGUUGAAACAUCUUAUUUCAUUCAAAAACAAAUGGAGGUUCUGCCAGAAGCUGUAGUAUGAGGGAAAAAGGUGUGUAGAGUCACAAGAGAGAUAAGAAGGCGGGUAACUAGAGAAAUAAAGCAGAAUUAUCUGCAGGUAAAAAGAGAUUAAUACCAAAACCUGUACAUGUGAUUGGAGAUUCUGCAUCAGUUAUGGCCAGAGCAAGCAGGCUUGUAAAAAUCUGCAAAAGAAGUUCAAAGAAAUGGAUGUGUAGAGGGUGAUGGGUUCUGUAGGAAUGUUACUUUGACAAGGUCAGGAAGCAUGCUAGGAGAGCUAAGUUCAAUAAACAGUUCAUGGACUGGCUCUAUAUGGAAAGGUUUAAAUAUUUUUUCAUUACCAUGGGAGGACCUUCUUAGGCGUUUUUUUAACUGAUAAAUCUCAGCUGAGUCCCUUGGACAUUAUCCAUCCAUGCUUAAGUUUACAUUAUAAGAAAAGCCUUAAAAUGGUGAAGAACCAAGAGAAACAUAGUUAAAAAGGGGAUCUUGGGCAGGGGAAAUGUUGUUCUGAGUAAGAUGAUAUCUGAAAGCAGGUAUGACUCCAGGAUGGCUAACAGAGAUGAGGAAAUGGAAAUGAACAUAUCAAAACUGAAGUGAAAUUUGAAAAGCUUUAAUGUAUUCCCUUCAGGCAGGUGACUCUAACUAGCUAAUCUCCAUCUCAGUAUGCUGAAAAUAAUGCUACAUGUAAUUAAGAAUUUUGGAGCAAAGAUUUUUUUAUCCAUAAAUUUUACCAAAUUAUUUGUGAUAUUUUAUCUAUAAAUUUUACCAAGUCUUGAUAUAUAUUAGAAGAAAUGUAAAAAAGAUUUUACCAAAAAAAAAGCAAAAAUUAUCCUAUAACUAUAACUAUACUAUAAAAUACUAUAAUACCAGCAUUGUGAUCAUUAGUGUGAAAGUUUAAAAAAAGAAAAAUCAUCAAAGAUGGAGAUUAAGAUAUUAAAUAUAAGAUGGGUGUUCAAAAGAUAGCUUGUGCUGUUAGUCAGAGCUUUAUUUCUUAAAAUUAUUUAUUUCUGCCUAAAAGAGACAGUAAUUUUCAUGUCUACACUAGUAACUUCUCUUGGGUAGCUCUAACAAGUAGUUUAUCAGGAGACAUCAGGAUUGUGGGAAAUAUCAAACAAGAAACUGCCUAGAAAAGCUGUCAGGAGAUAAUUUACUUAUGGAGUUCUUGGCUAAUUGAUUUCUUAGUAAAAUGAGUUAAAGGUUCAAAUGCAUAAUAGGCAAUGGAAACUCAAAUUUAGGCAAUAUGGACCAGAGUAGGGCAGGAACACAAUGGCUCUUCCAGUCUGAAAUAACAGGAAUCUUUAGAAUUGUAUGGAGGACUUUGUUUCUCAACCCCAGUUUCCUGGGAGGAUAGAGCAACCCUCUCCAUUUUGGUCUCCAGCAUAUCAAGACUGAGGAGGCAUUUUUGGUUUUCUUUAGCCUUAACCCCAUGGAAAAACAAAGCAUCUUGACUGGAGAAGCAGCAUAACCGCAUCCCUAUGGUGGUGUGCUCCCCAUUAACUAGGGAUUUCCCCGUGGCAGUGCUGUGCUGCAGGGAUAAUUGCAUCCUGGGAAAACUGGCCCUACCAGGAAGGCUGCUGCAGGAAUCCCUGCGCUGCUCCGGCAGCCAGGCCAUUAACACGAUGCUGUACUUAAACUAAUGAGACUUGGCUGACCUAAAUGGCUUGGCCCAGAGCCACUGCAGGGGUGUUUGUGCCUUUGGCAUGGCUCACCCACAAACCUGUAUAAUCCACCUGCAGACAAUGGACCGUGCCUGCUGUAAUCGAGCCCUCGAAGGCCUCUGUAGCCAGUUCUUUCCAAGAUGUGUAAGCUCUUUCUGUCUGUUUUGUCUCCACCCUUAUCUGCUGUAUUCACACUUGUAAAUUUACAUGAAUAUUUGUGUACCUAUAUAUUAAUGUUUUGCUUGGGAAUGGAGUCUGUAAGUGAAGCAAGAGAGUAACUCUUUGAAGAUGUAAGCAACAGUUAACAUUGCCUGGGUAAACCUGCUUAGCCAUUUUACCUGUGAGACGAGCAGUAACCUCUUUAGCUGGAUGCCCUGCUUCUUCUCAAACAGUUCUGCUUCAAAACCAAAACCAAGCAUAGAGCUGGCCCUGCAGGGUUAAGUGCAGUGGUGUUCUGUGCUCGGGGUGGGGACCCUGCUGUGCUGCUCUGCUGCAGGCGCUGCGGAUGCAGCAAUUCCUGCUGUCCUUGGAGCAGCUCAGCAAGCCCAACAGCAGAGACCUUUGUCAUGCUGAGGAUUCACAUGAAACCACCAUGUUCACACAAAAACAAAAAAACAAGCAACACCAGGAAAGGCAAGAUUCAACAGAGUAAAUACAGUGGAUGGGGCCCUGGGCUGCAGAGUCGAGUUGCUUCAGGAGCUUCUGGCCGUGCCACUCAGAGGAGCUCAUGAAGUCCGCUUUGCCAGACUCCUCUUGGUGCUCCAUGGGCUCGGGAAGUGCCGAAGCCUUGUCCUCCCUCACCCCCCGGUGUAGCUGUGAUACUUCUCUGGUUUUGAUUUCAUCCUUACAUGUACCUUUCUACAACCAACAUAAAGCUGUUCUUUCAGCAUUUACUAUUUUGUUGGCUGUUUGUGAAGUCCUGAUGUUGCUCUGUCCAGUGUUUCCCACGGUCAUUUGUUGUCUCUGUUCUUGCUGAGCUCUGUGUGAGGGGGUGUCUUCUCAGUCAGACCUGUGUUCAGAGCUGAAGGGCUUGGUUCUGCGUGUUACAAAGCUACAGUGCAGGAUAGAUGCUGUGUGAGGUGUAAAGAGCCUCUGAGAAAGAAAUGGGCCUCUUACACUUUUCUGUGGGUGCUCAAAGGGCCUUUUAGACACACCAUUGUCUUCAGCUUUCCAGCAGCCUUGACUUGAGAACUUGACCUGUAUAAAUUGCAAAAGAUAUGUGUUGCUUCAUGUAGUACCCUGUUCUGUAUUUUUGGGUUUUUUUAUUUUUUGUUCUGUAUUUUCUGCAAUGUGUAAAGACUGCUGCAAAGAUGAAGAAAUAUUCCAUGAGGGUGAUCCUGACUAUCUGUGUUUUGCACAUGAGAGUCAAUUAGUUGCUGGCUAUUUGCUUCCUUAGGCCACUGAAUCUAUAUAUCCCCCCUAGGCAGACUGGACCUCAAUUUUGUAUUCUCCCACACAGAGUCCCCAGUGGAGUUCAGCUGCUGUUCUCUACCAAGUGUGGUUGUGUGUUGUUGCCAGAUAUAUACAGUUCUGGAGGGAGAAUGUGGGAUUGUGCAGCUGCAAGGCUGGCUGUGAUGGCAGCUUUCCUCAGCAUGCCAUCUGAGGAAAAGAAGUGUGCACAGUGGGAAGACCUUCUGAAGAAAUGUUUUUUGAAGAGCUGAGCCAAUGAGGAAGUGUAAUUUCUUCCUGGAGUUCUCCUAGGAUGGCUCGCUCUCUGUAUGAGUGGCUGUGGCAGCACGAGUUCUGGCUGCCCCCAGGAAUCACCUGGGAGGACAUGCAAGAAUCUGAAGACACUCAUUAUCCUCAGCCUCGUCAUCUCCUGCUCAGUAUCCCCUUUGCUUUAAUCUUGGUAGUCAUUCGAUGUGCCUUUGAAAGAGCCAUAGCCCUGCCUCUCAGUACCAAAUUGGGUGUGAGAGACAAGCAGAGACCAAAAGCUCAGCCCAACCCCGUGCUGGAAACGUUCUAUAGUACGCGCCGCAAGAACCCUAAAGAGGGUGAGCUGCUCAGUUUAGCCAAGCAAUGUGACCUGCCAGUGAGGAAGGUGGAGAAGUGGUUCCGGCACCGGAGGAACAUGGACCGGCCCAGCCUGUCCAAGAAGUUCAGCGAGGCCUGCUGGAGAUUUACAUUUUACAUCAUUUCUUUCUUCACUGGACUCGCUGUCCUGUAUGAUAAGCCUUGGCUUUGGGACCAUAGAGAGUGCUGGACAGGAUAUCCACAACAGCCUCUCCAACCCUCUCUGUUCUGGUAUUACAUGCUGGAGCUCUCCUUCUACUGGUCACUGGUCUUCACCUUGCCCUUUGACGUGAAGAGGAAGGAUUUCAAGGAGCAGAUAGUCCAUCAUGCUGCAACCAUCUUCCUGAUCAGUUUUUCAUACUGUGCCAACUACAUCCGCAUUGGAACACUGGUGAUGGUGAUUCACGAUGCUUCUGAUUGCUUCCUAGAGCCAACUAAGAUAUUCAAUUACAUGAAGUGGAAAAAAACUUGUGACAGCCUCUUUAUGAUCUUCUCAGCUGUUUUCCUGAUCAGCCGCCUGGUCAUUUACCCCUACACAGUGCUUUAUAACACCUACUAUUACUCCAUGGAGAUAUUCCAACCCUUCUUUGGAUACUACUUUGUGAAUGUUCUCCUGCUAAUUCUGCAGCUGCUCCAUAUCUUCUGGUCCUGCCUAAUUAUUCACAUGGUCUACAAGUUCAUCAUCCAGGGCACGAUGGAAAAGGACAUGAGAAGUGACACAGAAGAAAGUGACAAGGAUGAAGAAAGAGAUAAAAUUAGAGAAAAGGAGAAAAAUGGGAUCACGUGUUUCAGCAACGUCACAAGCAACGGUUACAUCCAGAGGAGUGGAUCUGAGCCCCUGGACAACAGAGCCCAUCGUGCCAAUGGCCAUGCCAAGGAAAGAUAGCUGCUGUCCUGUGCUGCUGGCCUGGCCUCCAGCAACCCCAGGCCACCAUCUGUAGAAACAGUUUUGCCCACUGUGUAGAUAAACUGGAGUGCAAUUGCAGUAUUGUAGCUGAAUUCCUGCUUCCCAUAAACCGAAGUGUUUAUAGUCAAUGAAUAUUUGAAGGAAGUUUUUUGUCUUCCUUCAGUAAAAGCUUACUAUAGGUUGUAGCCUCAAAACAGAUAGCAAGGGAUCAAAGUGGUUUGACUUGUAUUAAGACUGUACCAUAAUUGUUGUCAAGUGUGUUAAUCUUGAAAAAUACUUUAAAAAUAAGAAGGUGGAUUAACUCCAGCAGUGUCAAGUUUUACCCACCUUUGAUAGGAAUCUGUUUAGCCUGGAUCAGCCUCUGGAUUAUUAUUAUGGCUGACAAGUGACAAAUCUUACCACUAGGUAAGAUUUCUUCUGAGAAAACAGGUGCCCUGUAUAUACUUACAAAAUUAAAACUGAGCAUAGUGAAAUGAAAGCUUUUGGAAAGGCAUAAGAUAAAACAUGUUCUUCUCAAAGGAAGUACUCGUUGUGCCAGUAACCAGUUUUUGUAAUGGUAUGGAAUCUCAGUCCCUGCUUACUGCCCCUAAGGAGGGAACUCCAAAGCCCAGGCUGGAGGAGUCCCCACACAAAUCACAUUGGAAGAGCUGGGAGAUCCAGACAGCUGUUUCUCAACACUUAGGAGUUGGACUCGAUGAUUCUUGUGGGUCUCUUCCAACACAUAAUAUUCUGUAAUUCUGUGAUAAUUGGAAGUUGGAAGCACACGUUCUGUACACUGCGAUUUGAGUGUAUGGUCUCACCUCUCUGCAGGUGCUGUGCUCAGGAGGGAUAUUGAAAUGACACAUCAUUUUGUACUACUGAAUGUAAAUGUUCUUUAUAAAUUACUUUUAAAGGUUU